AUGAGUUAGGAGAAAUAGCAAGAAGAACCUGCUAAAUUUGGAAAGCCAAUAAAUGAGCAAAUAGGAGAAUUGAUGGAUCAUCUCGAUAAAGAACAUGACAGCGAAGACGAAGGCAUGGAAGAUUAUAAAAUUGGAGGUUAUCAUCCAGUGCAUAUUGGUGAGAUAUUACUAAACCGAUACGUGAUUAUUUAAAAAUUAGGUUGGGGACACUUCUCUACAGUCUGGUUAGCAAAGGAUUUCAAAUAUGAUACAUAUGUCGCAUUGAAAAUUCAAAAGAGUGCUUCCCAUUAUUUAGAAGCAGCAUAUGAUGAAGUUGAAAUUCUUCAAAAAGUUGCCUAGAAUGUUCAAAACCCCGUUUGGAUUCAAUCCUUGAAAGAGUAUUAUGCAGAUUAAGGAAGGACAUCUUUCAACAGGGAUGACACUCACACUGUCUAAUUGUUAAAUUCAUUUGUGUAUAAGGGACCAUAUGGUCAUCAUUUCUGUAUGGUUUUCGAGAUUUUGGGAGUCAAUCUGCUAGAAAUUAUUAAACGAUAUGAAUACAAAGGAUGUCCAAUGGAUAUCACUAGAAGAAUGGCUAAAUAAAUUUUAAUAGGAUUAGAUUAUCUUCAUAGAAUAUGUGGAGUAAUUCAUACAGAUUUGAAACCUGAAAACGUUUUACUAUGUUUAUCAGAUGAAGAGAUUAAAGAUAUUGUUGAGAAUGGAUAGUUGACUUCUAAUUAAUUAUUUUCAGAUAGAAUUCACAUCUAUAGAUAAAUGUUAGGAAUCGAGAAACCUACUGUUCCAGAGCCAAUUGCAAAAAAGGAAGAUGAUGAAUUAAGUGAAAGCACUACAAAUUUAUCGAAGACUCAAAAGAGAAAAUUAUUAAGGAAAAAGAAAUAAUAGUAAUAACAUGAAGAAUCAAGAAAGGAAUCAUAAGAAGUUCAAGUAGAUUAAAUUGAAAUGCCUAAAUCCAUUAAGGAAUUAUUUUAACAAUAAAAGAAAAUAUCUUUUACUUAAUAAAAGAAAUUACCAGAUAAUUUUCGUUUGAAAAUAGCUGAUCUCGGAAAUGCAUGUUGGAUUCAUCACCAUUUUUCAACCUUAAUUUAAACUAGACAGUAUAGAUCACCUGAGGUACUACUGGGAAUCAAAUACAAUCCAACAGCUGACAUAUGGAGUUUUGCUUGCAUGAUUUUUGAAAUGCUCACAGGAGAUUACUUAUUCGAACCAAGAUAGGGACCUAAUUUUUCAAAGAAUGAGGAUCAUUUAGCAUAGAUUCAAGAAUUACUAGGCAAAUUUCCAUAUGAAUAUAGUACAAGGGGAGCCAAAGCGAAGAGAUACUUCUAAUAAAAUGGACAAAUGAAAAGGAUACCACAGUUGCAUUUUUGGAAUUUGCAUAAUGUUUUGACUGAAAAAUACAGAUUUAAAUAGGAAGAAGCCUUGUCCUUUGCUUCAUUUAUGAUGCCCAUGUUACACCAAUUACCAGAGUAUAGAACUACAGCUUAAGAAGCGUUGAAGAGAGAAUUAUGUUAGAACGAUUUAGAUCCAUAAAUAAGGAAAUGUCUACUUAAGAAAUAUAUCGAUUAGAUAUUCUAAUUUUAGAAUUUCAGAGACAUAAUUCCCAGUUCUGGCUGGCUGUAAUAAAAAACAAAUCCUGGAGUAGGACACAAAAUGAAUGAGGAUGAAUACAAAAAGUAUACAAAAUUAAAGAAAGUCAAUGAAGAAGUAGAAUAAUUGGAUUAGGCUGUUGAUGGCAUCUAACCCACUUUGUUAUCAAAUUAUAGAAGGGCUUCAACCAGAUCAUAUGAUGGUUCUAAUUCUUAGACUCCUUAAUAGGAUAAAUUUAAAAAGUAAGAUGGAAAGUAUGUAGAUCAUCGGGUUAUUGACAGAUCAUUCACAGAUUUGGGAUAUAUUGGUUAUGGAGAUGGAAUUGAUUUAGAAUAAUUAGACAGUACAGGAAAUUGGUAAUUUAGUUGA